UUGUGAUUCCGAUGAUGAUUUCAUUGAUUCCACCUUACCAUCGAUAGCUGCACGGCAGGCUGCCAGUGAUUGAACUAGAAAUUCGAUUAGUGCAUCACAAAAACAUUAUCCUCUGUUUUUCCUAUUUACUGAAGUUCUUUAUCCGCAGCUUUCCGUUUCACAUACCUCGAUCUACCAGAAUCAUUCCACCAUAGCUCUGAAGAGCUUUGACAUCGCACGACUUUUACACGAGCAUCACGAUGUCGGCCUCAAAGAAGCUUGUUGUUUGCGGAGGGACCGGUUUCUUGGGCUCUCGUAUCUGCAAAUAUGCUGUAGCUCGAGGAUGGGAUGUAACCUCCAUCAGCCGUUCCGGUGACCCUCGGUGGGACACUAUCAGCGCCUCGGCUACACCUCCGUCUUGGGCACAUAAAGUGAGCUGGGAGCGUGGUGAUAUUCUUCGUCCGGCUACGUAUGCUCCAUUACUCAAUGGCGCUGACUUCGUGGUACACAGCAUGGGCAUCCUCCUAGAGGCUGAUUACAAGGGUGCCAUCUCAGGCAAGGAGCCCCCCAUUGCUGGUCUCCAGAAAGCUUUUGCACCCGUUCGUGAUCGAGGUGUGGACCCUUUGGCUAAAGGACAAGGCGAGGACAUCAAGCCUCCAAACCCCAAGGAUCAAUUCACAUAUGAGAUUAUGAACCGCGACAGUGCAGUCACAUUGGCUAAGCACGCGGUUGCUGCUAAAGUGAACGCAUUCUGCUACAUCUCUGCUGCAGCAGGUGCUCCUGUUCUCCCUCAACGAUACAUCUCAACCAAGCGAGAGGCCGAGAUCACCAUUGCCAGCAAGUUCCCAGAACUCAGAGGUCUUUUCAUCCGCCCUUCUUUCAUGUUUGAUAGUUCACGCCCGGUGACAAUGCCUCUGGCUGCAAUGGUUGGCCUUGGCACAGCCUUCAACGGUCUUACAGGCAACUACUUUAAGACUUUCAUUGGUGCGGCGGGAGUCAAGCCUCUGAAGGUUGAGACUGUGGCGGAGGCGGUGGUUGAGGCCCUGGGCGAUGAGACCAUCAAGGGUGCCAUCGACGUGCCAGAGAUUGAGGAGUUGGCGAGCAAAGCCUGGAGAAAAACCAUGCUGUAGGAUAUUGCGUGGUAUUGUAUUAAAAGCAAAGACGCUGGACUGUAUAAUACUCGACUGGACCAAACCCUAACUUAAUAUCUUGUUCGUUUCAAAUCAUUGUUCCUCGUUCAAAGCUAUCCCUGAUCUCUGCGGUAUACUUGUUGUAGAACCGCGAGAGCUUCUGGUUGAACUGCUUAUUCUUUUCGUUGAUGUAUGUCACAUCGCCAUCGUCCCCGUUCUGUGCCAUCCUCUCCUUUCUCUUCUUCAGUCUUUGUUCUUCUGCUCUCUGCAGGUCUGCCACCAAGCGGUCGACUGCUGCCUUGUCUGGCUUGUUUUCAGCAAAAGUCGUAGAAUCGGCGGUAGAGUAGAAGGAGCCAUCCUUAUCCACCGCAAUGAGCUCGCCAUCCUCGGUCUCAACAAUGUCUAGUCCGCCCGAUGCCGCUGCCUUCUCAAUGAGGGCCUUCUUGUCUUUCUCGUAUUGUUCCAUAUUCAUAUCGAUGUUCUUGAGCUGUCGCUUAUAUAUCUUGUUCGCUUCUUGUGUAUGGUCGGCAAAAGCGUUGUUGUCGCGACGAGUCGUCUUCUUCUUGAGGCGUUUAUCCCACUUCUCGCUCUCAUCGACGGUCCAGUCCCAUGCGCGCUUUCGCUCGAAAUCUCCACCCGCUUCCUCCACGUCUGCCUUGAGUAGUUUGUGAGAUGCGAUCGCAUGUUUCCGAUGUAGGGCGGUAAUUUGGCUGGGAUCUGUGGCUAGCCUUUGCGAUUCGAGUGUCGCCUCUUUCAGGUUUUUCUCCGAUGAAGUCUUUGCUCGCGCUUGAAGGGCCUUGAACCGAGCCAGGCGAUCUUGGGCUUUGGACAUAUUGUCAACGUUCAUCUGUUGCGCCUCGUCCUUCUUUUCAGUAGGAGAGGGAGCCAUGGUAUAAUUUGCGUCGAGACGGUGUGGCUAUAACUGAUGCCAGGGUUGGCAGAAGAGUAGCCUUUCGGGUUGGUUGAAGGAAGAAGAUUGACCCAGCUGCUGAGAGAUCUUGAGCUGAUAUUUGUACUGCUUGGUUAGGGCAACAAUUGCGUCAUUGAUGCAGAUAAGCCUUGUCUGAUUUUGACCACUGUUAUGUCAAAGAUUAUAGGGGCCUUGUUGUUUACAUUAUUGUUAUUUGAAGUUGAGACCCAGUUUAGA